CAUCUGGUGGGCAGCAGGACAGGUGGGGAGGGGCCUGCGGAGCCUGGAGAAAGGAGAGAAACGAGUUGGCAGCAGCCAGAACAUGGGGGCUCAGGUCUGUUUCAUCUUCAAAGCUGGCUAAUUAGAGCUAAAGGCUUUACUGUAGCCUGUGGGGCCUGGACGCCGGCAGUUCUGGGCCACGGAAGCCAGCGGUCAAUGGGGCAUCCGCCCUUGCGGUUCCGGGCCCAGGAGACACUGCUCUGUGAGCUACAGGCGACCCCCAAGUGUGGCCAAACAGCUCCGAUCCUGCCCUCUGGAAUUCCAAGAGUGCUGGAUUGGUGCACCGCUUGGCCCGAGGUCUUUAGUGGCGAAGUCUCCGUUUCCAGGUCCGUGCCAGGCCUGCCGCGAGCCCUGUGAUCCACCCGACCCUGCCACUCUGCACGUCGGCAUCCCGUUGUUUUCCGGCUUCCUCCAGGAUUAUGGCCUUGCCCUGCCAGCUUUACCCUGGCUAGGCUGCCGCAGCCCUUGCCGACUGUCAGCUAUUGGUAUGGCCUAAGGCAAAGGUCAGCAGCUUCCGCCCGCAGUGACCCCGGCGCCGGCUCCGCGCCCCCAAGCCCAGCCGGGGGGGUGGGGGUGGCCGGGGCCGGCGUCGGAGAAGCGAAGCCAAGCCCGGAGGCGCCCGCCGGACCGGUUCGGCCGGGGCUGCGAGGAGCACUUCCUGCGGGCGCUCUGAGACCGCACCUUGCACACCCCCCAGCGGACAUCCUGGGAGCCCGGAGACCCGCACCCCACGCCCUCCGCAGGGUGCGGAGAGCCCGGACGCCGGCAGGGACCUGGGUGCGGCACCAUGGGACCCCCGAGCCGGGAAACCUGGGCCCAGCGCCUGGGCGCCUUCCGGGCCAGCCCGUCCGCCUUCAUGGCCGGUCCCGAGGGUGAGGAUCUGGGUCGUGACCUGUUGAUCGAACUGAGAAGUGAGAAGCUGAGCGAACAGACCAAGGUUUCCUUGCUGGCUCUGAGCUUGGAGUACCCAGCCCAGCUGUGGCCGGACGCUGCUGCAGCCGAGGCAGCGGCCACCUCGUUGUUGGACACCCUGGUCCUUCUGCCCCCACGGCCCUCAGCCCUGCGGCGGCCCCUGCUGCUGGCGGCCACCACAGUCCUGGCGGCCGGAGACGCGCUGGGCCCCACCUCGGGAGCCUCCCGCCGGCUCCUGCCACUACUUCUUGGCUUGGCUUCGGGCCGCGAUCUGGGGCGAGGCUUUGGCCCCGCCUCGGAGCAGCGCCCCCUGCAGGCCACGGCCUGUGAGUGCCUGCGGGAGCUGGAGAGCUGCAAGCCUGGGCUGCUGGGGGACUGCCUGGGGCUGCUGCGGCGCCUGCUGGGGCAGGAAGGCCCCGUCCAGCCGCUCAGCCUGCUGCUGGCACUCGCUCUGCGCAACGCCCUGGUGAUACGGGCCAAGGCCAAGGCCGGACUGCAGGGCCUGCUCGUGGCCGGAGAUGCGCCCACCCCAGGUGGUCCCUGGAACUGGGCACUAGCUGAGGAGGGGGGUGCCCACCCGCAGCCCCAGGCACCCAGCUGGCCGGCAGCGGAGGACGAGGAGUGUGGCCUUGCAGUGCUGGAGCCCAGUCCUGAGGAGGCCCGGGAGCUGCGGGCUGCUGUGGCCCAGCUUCUGGACUCCUCCUACCUACUCACUCCUGUGGCUCAGGCCCAGCUUCUGUGGCUUCUGGGCUGGGCUCUGCGGGGUCUCCGGGGACAGCCGCCAGUGCUCUUCAAGCCACAGUUGGUACGGCUGCUGGGCACGGCCCAGCUGGCACUCCUGCAUGCGGUGCUGGCACUCAAGGCGGCCUUUGGCGAAGCCCUGUUCACAGCCCAGGAUGAGGCCUUGCUGCUCCGCAGGCUCACCUUGGCCGCCCAGCACCCAGCCCUGCCCCUACCCGCCCACCUCUUUUACCUGCACUGUCUGCUGAGCUUCCCUGAGAACUGCCCUCUAGGCCCUGCUGGGGAGGAGGCCGCCCCCCUGCUGCUGGGGCCCCGGCUGGGCCGCAGCCUCCUGCCCAGUCUCCUCCAUGACCCGAUGGCUCUCCUGGCCCGCCUGCACCUGCUGUGCCUGCUCUGUGCCGAAGAUGAAGAAAAGGAGGAGAAAGGCCAGGGCUGGAGCCCCCAGCGUUACCUAGGGGAGCUGCUGGCUGACUUGCGCCAGAGGGCAGCCUUGGAUGGGGGCCCCCGGGCCUUGGCUGCUCUCUGCUUCCAGGCCUCCUACCUGGUCGUUCGCUGCCUAGCCACGCAACCUCUGGUGCUGACGCCCUUGACCCACGGGCUGGCCGAGCUAUACCGAGCCCGGCCUGCGCUGGCUCCCCAUUUUGUGGAUCUCUUGGAUAGGGUGGGCCCCGAGCUAGGGGAGCCCCUGAGAGCGGUGCUGCGGCAGGAGGUGGUGUCCAGACCCGACAGAGACGAGGCCCUUCGUUGGCACCUGAAGAUACUGGCGAAAGUGGCCGACGGGAAUGCUCCAAGUGCCACCCUAGGCUUCCUGCGAGCUGCGGCGGCCCACUGCACAGACUGGGGCCUCCAGCAGGCUCUGCUGCGGGUCUGCCGGACCUUGAUGCGGGCGGGUGUCCGGGAAGGCCUGGCCGACUUGCUGCAGGCACUGGCCAGGCAGCUGGAGGACCCUGAUGGACGGGACCAUGCCCGGCUCUACUACAUCCUCCUGGCCCACCUGGCGGGGCCUAAGCUAGGGGUGGCCCUGGGCCCCUCUCUGGCCGCACCGGCACUGACCUCCUCGCUGGUGGCCGAGAACCAGGGCUUUGCCGCCGUGCUGAUGGUGCAGGAGGCCCCGGCCCCGAUUCGGCUAAGUGUGGGGCCCCGCAGAGCAGCGGGCCCGGGCCCGGUGCUGCAGCUCCAGGUGGAGGUGCUGGAGCCCGUGUUCUCUCUCGAGCUGCGCUUCCGCGUGCAAGGCCAGCUGUACGCGCCGCUGGACGCGGUCCACGUGCCCUGCCUGCGCCCGGGCCGCCCCUGCAGCCCUCUGCUCCUGCCGCUGCAGCCCCGGCUCCCGGCUCCCACGCAGCUGAGCGUGCGCGCCCUGUACGCCACCCCCGCCGGCCUCACGUGCCACGCCCACCUGCCUCCGGUGCCCGUGAACUUCGAGGACCUUUUCCUGCCUUUCCCCCAGGCCCCCGAUGACGGGGACAAGCAGGGCUUCUUUGAGGAGCUCUGGGACUCCUGCCUGCCAAAGGGCGCCGAGAGUCGCCUCUGGUGCCCUCUUGGGCCACAGGGGCUGGAGGCCUUGGUGUCCCGCCACCUGGAGCCCUUUGUGGUGGUGGCCCAGCCCCCCACCAGCUACCAUGUGGCCAUCCGCCUGCCCCCAGACUCGAGGCUGCUCCUGCGACUGGAGGCGGCCCAGGCCGGCGGAGUGCCUGUGGCCCUACGCACAGACCACUGGGCUGUGCUGCCUCUGGCCGGGGACUACCUCCGUGGGCUCUCAGCCGCUGGCUGAACCCGGAGACUAGGCCAGACCCUGAGACAGUCUUGCUCAGGGGGGGGCCUGCAGGCCAGAACACAGUCCUGUGGCUCCUUUCUUAAGAAAAAAAAGGGGGGGGGGUAGAAAAGAAAAGAAAAAAACAAACAUAUUCACUAAUGACCUUCAUGGGUGUGUUUCCUUUUGAGCCCUGGCUGGGGGCAUGCACAGGGGGCUUGGGGGAGGAGAGGCUCCAGGAAAACCUUCAGAGAAGGAACCGCUGCCCUGCUGGGCAAAUGGGAGAAAAAGCAUCCCUAUCUCUGCUUCCCAAAGAGGGUCAAACCCCGCUUGGAAGCCAUGCAGUAACUGAGGAAUGUGGGAGCCGGCUUUGGGCCUCCUCCAAGCUUUGUGGGGUCCCUGCCCCGGGGAGCUCAGCCUAGCUAGGAUGUCUGACCAAAGGACAGAAACAGAGGAGGCUGCAGUGGUCCGGUGGCCCCUCCCGGGGUUGGAGGGGUUCCCCAUGCCACGUUGACUGGAACCAGCUCAAGGAAGGGCUGGUCAGUAUAGUUCGGGAGCCGAGAGAGAGAGAGAGAGAGAGAGAGAGGCUCCAAGCUGUGGGCUACAACGAAGCUGACUUUUCCUCCCCCCAACCCCACCUGAGGACCUAAGAAUCUUCUAGGUUAGACAAACUCAUUCCCCUUGGCCUUUUUCCAAAUAUGUGAGAUACCUCGGCUUCAAAUGUAUUGCAAAGCUGCUCUGCUAACCAGGCACCGCGCUGGUAUUUUCCACAGACCAUGCCUCCCGCCAUGCUUGCAACAGCUCAGCAGGGCCCCACAGAUGAGGAAAUUUGUAGGCCAGAGGGGUUAAAUGAUUUUCCUGUGGUCACCCAGCUGGUUAGUAAUCGUGUUUUGUCACCUCGGAGCAGGUUUCCAUAACCGCGCCGGCAGAAGCAAGAACUGCAUGGGCAGGAGGGCCACAGAGGCCUGGGCCAGCCCUCAGGAGGCUGCCAGAGCGACAGUAGGAAGUGCUGGACCCCAGAAGGACCAGGGGCUUGGGGCCUAACUUCCGUGGUCCCUGCCUCUCGGGCUCCCCAGUCCCGCCCUCUGGAUUGUGGCAGGACCAGAGGGAGAGCAGGGCCUGGGACAAGCGGGGCUCUUCCAGGUCAGGUCAGGAGGUCUGUGCCAAGUUUGAGGCACGGUAGUCAGUUGUGGGAGCUGAGCCAGCCACAGCCGAUCGGGAAGGGGCUGGUUCCAGGACACAAGCUUGUCCAGCUGUUUGCGGCAGAAAGGGAUUGCGGAUAACCAACCGUUUCCAAGGUGGCUGGGAAGGCUCAAGGAGGGGCCUCUGGGAGCCAGCCCCG